AUGGGUGAUUCGUGGCUAGAUGUGUUUGCCUCAAAAACGACCGCAUAUCAUGAAAUUAAAAACAAUCAUCCGACUAAUGGCUUGUCGGAUAGAGAAAAGAAGCGAGUUGCCGCAGAAGUCGAGGCACUUCAAGAAGAAUUUCAGGAAGAGUUUGUAAAGUUGUUCUGUGCUGCUGGGUUAUUGCACAACUGUGAUCGUGCACGAUACCAGCCGGUACUUGAUCAUUUUGUUACUGCAUACGCUGUGGAGCACGUGGAUUAUGCUCAGCGAGAUUUGUUCCUGAGAGAUGUGGAAACUGCGGCUAAGGCGCUACACAAUCAUCGGGUAAAGAAAACAACCACACCGAAACAUAACAACAACAAAAACACAAAUGAUAAUGCGAACACACCACAGAACGGUACUAACCUUGCACAGGAUUACAACAAGGAGAGUAAGCGUAAAUGUUUUUGCUGUGGUAAGGCGGAUCAUGUUGCACCGCGAUGCGAACAUCGAUUCCGACCCAAGGAACAAUGGAAAGAUCCGACAAAAUGGAGAUCGUAUCCCAGGAAUGAAUCGGGACGCAAACAGGUACACCUGCAGACAAGCACCGAGGAGGGAUCUGUGCAGUCAAGUGUGACAGCUAACAAUGAUGGUGGUAUUUCUCAGCAGAACCAUAUGCAGACUGGUUUGGCUGACAGGAGUGGUGGACCACAGCCUCGAAAGCAAAAGAUUGGCAUUCAGGGGUGGAAUAUGGCUCAGUUUGGCGGACGUAAGAGAGUAUUGCAGCCUAUUUUAAGACCUUCAAGAUUUGGGACGUCACCACCACACGACAUAAUGGCAAACUGGCAGGUACAAUUGGAUGCUGUCAGAGCAGCCGAAGAAGACGUCAGUGUUGCAAGUACACAGAGCUCCAACGUACAGGUUGGUAGGGAAGUAGCUGUGAUGCAUUCCCAAGCUCAUCGGGGACUCAAGUACAAGGAUAGCGGCGAUCUGGUAUAUCUUGAUUCAAAUGAUUAUAAGGAUGGCAAGAUUCCGGAGCAUUUUGAUAUGCAUGAUCCGAAGUGGUUUCGUUCGGGCGCAACAG